AUGUGCGAACGAUCCAGCAUGGCCAACUUCCUCGCUCAGUUCCAGGCAAUUAAGAACACCUCGGAUCGCCUCGUCAUUUCAGUGGAGGAUGUGAGUGACUUGUGGCCAACUGUCAAACCUGCUUUUGAGGGGCGUUUGCCGUUCAAACGGGCUACUUUGAAUAACAAGACGCGGAACCUUGUCCUUGUUGAGAAAUUGCCAGCCGAGUUCAUAUUAACUACAGAUUCAAGAUUACGCAGCCGGUUCCCUCAGGAGCAAUUUUUAUUUUGGUUUCGCGAGCCUUACGCAACUGUUGUACUUGUCACCUGUGAGGAUUUGGAUGAGUUCAAAACCAUUCUUAAACCACGCCUGAAAUUAAUUGUCCAAAAUGAUGAGAGGGAGUGGUUUGUUGUAUUUGUAUCUAAAGCUCAUCCAGCUAAUGAUCAGGCAAGCAAAAUGGCGAAGAAAGUAUAUGCUAAACUCGAAGUUGAGUUUAAUACCAAAAAAAGAGAAAGAUGUUGCAAAUAUGAUAUACAUUUCCCUGAAGCGAACUUUUGGGAGGAUCUAGAAUCAAAGAUAAUGGAGUGCAUCAGAAAUACUCUCGAUAGACGUGUACAAUUUUAUGAGGACGAGAUACGAAAGCUCAGUGAACAGCGACUCAUGCCAGUCUGGAACUUCUGCAAUUUUUUCAUUCUGAAGGAAAGCUUGGCUUUUAUGUUUGAAAUGGCUAACCUUCACGAAGAUGCGUUACGGGAAUAUGAUGAGCUAGAACUCUGCUAUCUUGAAACAGUUAACAUGACUGGAAAGCAGAGAGAUUUUGGAGGGGCUGAUCAUGGUGAUGAUCAAGCAGCAUUGGUUAAUCCAGGAAGUAAAGCAUUGACACAGAUAGUUCAAGAGGACUCAUUUAGGGAGUUUGAAUUCAGACAGUAUCUAUUUGCAUGUCAAUCAAAGCUCUUAUUCAAGCUAAAUCGUCCCAUUGAGGCUGCAUCACGGGGCUAUUCAUUCAUAAUAAGCUUUUCUAAAUCCUUGUCAUUGCGUGAGCGUAUUCUUCCUUUUUGUAUGCGUGAAGUCUGGGUAACAACUGCUUGCUUGUCUUUAAUUGAAGCAACCACUUCUAAUUAUAAUGCCGGACAUAUGGUGCCUGACAUAGAGAAGGAGUUUUUCCGACUUCUGGGUGACCUAUACUCUCUAGCUAGAGUUAAGUUCAUGAGGCUUGCCUAUUUAAUUGGCUAUGGAGCUGAUAUAGAAAGAAGUCCUGUCAACAGUGCUUCCCUCAGCUUGCUACCUUGGCCUAAGCCAGCUAUCUGGCCUUCAGUUCCUCCUGAUGCAUCAACAGAGGUGCUUGAGAAAGAAAAGCUGAUUCUCCAAACAACCUCCAGAACCAAGCACUUUGGUAUCCUGAGGAAACCCCUGCCCCUUGAACCUACUGUACUUCUGCGAGAGGCCAACAGGCGUAGGGCUUCACUUUCAGCUGGAAAUAUGUCUGAAAUGUUUGACAGUCGCCAGGGUCCAAUGGAUGGGUAA